GGCAGCUGGUAGGUUGCUGUCUGCUGUCAAUUUGUUCGGGGAUAAAGUAAAUAAAGUAUAACGUGAAUUCAGGCUACCUGAGCAAGAUUGAUGCCUCAACAAGUAGUUAAGGGAAUGGAUGUUGAAGAUAUGAUGGAUGAAAGCGGCGAAUCCACUCCCGUUUUGAAAGUGGGUAAAAAGUUUGAGAUUCAGCGUGUAGAGAAGACGCCUGAAAGUAAUAAGAACUCAACUCCGGUGGUACCCUGUGAAACUUGUGAAAGGGAGGUAAACGAUUUGAAUGCCUUGCAAUCCUUGCUGAAAGAUCACAGAGAUGGAGAACCAAUUAUUUCAGAUGGAAAUCUUUCAAGUUAUGAAAAAAACUUGUACUUAUAUCAUGAAGAAAUGCCAGAAAGACCUAGGGUUGCAACCUUGUUGAACUCUUUAGCAAAUUACAAUGUUGCUAUACCCAGUGUUUCAGAAAAUGCAUCAUCUGCUCCAAAGAAAGCCAAUUUAGGCACUGUUGCUGGAGUUUACCUACCAUGCAUACAAAAUAUCUUGGGAGUUAUAUUUUUCAUUAGAUUGGGUUGGAUUGUUGGAACUGCUGGAGUUCCUUUAGCUUUUCUUGUAGUAUUUUUAUCAUGUUGUGUAACUUUCACUACAUGUAUAUCUUUGAGUGCCAUAGCAACAAAUGGUAUAGUUCCAGCUGGUGGUUCUUAUUUCAUGAUAUCUCGUUCUUUGGGACCUGAAUUCGGUGGAGCUGUAGGCAUUUUAUUUUACCUUGCCACUUCAAUUGCAGCUGCUAUGUAUAUUACUGGAGCAGUUGAAAUAUUUUUGAACUACAUGGCACCUAGUCUUUCUCUGUAUGGAGAUUUUCGAAAAGAUCCGGAAAUCAUGUACAACAAUUUCCGUACAUAUGGGACAAUCCUGUUGGUUAUUGUUGGAAUAAUUGUUUUCAUUGGUGUGAAAUUUGUCAGCAAAUUUGCACCUAUAGCUCUGUUUUGUGUGAUCAUAUCACUGGUGUCAGUUUAUGUAGGUGUUUUUACAAAUUAUCAUGGAAAAGAAAGUUUAAAAAUCUGUGUCUUGGGUGACAGAUUAUUGGCCAAAGGAAAUUACACCUGUUCUAAAGAUCAGAAUAUCACAAAUUCCUUAUUUUAUGUGUAUUGUUCUGUGGUAAAUAAAACAAUCACAAAUGGAACUGAAGAGAAUUUAUAUUCUUGUGAUUCAUAUUUUGAAAAACAUGAGGCAAGAAAUGAACUUGCUAUACCAGGAAUGUCUAGUAAUGUAUUUCAGACCAAUGUCAAUAGCCGAUUUCGUCUACAGGGUGAUUACAUAUCAGAAACUUUGAAUCGUGAAGCUGCUAGCUCAUAUGGACAUAAAACCUACAAUCAAAUUUUAGUUGAUCUGACAACAUCAUUUACAGUAUUAAUUGCAAUUUUCUUCCCAUCAUGUACAGGAAUUUUAGCUGGGUCUAACAGAUCAGGCGACCUUGCAGAUGCUCAAAAAUCAAUCCCUACUGGUACUAUUGCAGCUCAACUUUCUACUUCAAUUAUUUAUUUGUCUGGUGUUCUCCUAUUUGGUGCUACUUUUAAUAAUCUCUUUAUGCGGGAUAAAUUUGGAGAUAGUGUUGGAGGCAGUUUAGGUGUUGCAGAUUUAGCAUGGCCUCAUCCAAUGGUGGUGAUUAUUGGUUCAUUUUUGUCUACUGUUGGUGCUGGUUUACAAUCUCUUACAGGUGCACCACGUCUUUUACAAGCUAUUGCAAAAGAUCAGAUAAUACCAUUCUUAAAAGUGUUUUCUCACAGCUCAUCACGAAAUGAACCGACUAGAGCAUUAUUUCUAACUCUGUUCAUUGCAGAAAUAGGUAUUUUGAUCGGAAAUCUGGAUCACAUUGCUCCCAUUCUUACAAUGUUUUUCCUUAUGUGCUACAUGUUUGUCAACCUUGCUUGUGUUUUACAAAGUCUUCUUCGUACUCCAAAUUGGCGUCCUCGUUUCAAAUAUUACCAUUGGUCUUUAUCUAUGGCUGGUUCAAUCUUGUGUUUAGUCGUAAUGUUUCUCAGCAGCUGGUAUUAUGCUCUCGUUGCUAUUGGUAUUGCUGGUUGUGUUUAUAAAUAUAUUGAAUACAGUGGAGCAGAAAAGGAAUGGGGUGAUGGCAUUCGAGGUUUAGCUUUAUCUGCAGCUCGUUACAGUCUCCUGCGAUUGGAAGAAGGCCCGCCACAUACCAAAAACUGGAGACCACAAGUUUUAGUCCUAUCUAAACUUGAUUUGGAAUUAAACCCCAAAUACCCCAGAAUGUUUUCAUUUGCUUCUCAGUUGAAAGCUGGAAAAGGAUUGACUCUGGUAUGUUCAGUAAUUGAAGGCUCUUUUGAAAAAAUGUAUAGUGAAGCUCAAGCUGCAAAAUUGAGUUUGAAAAGAGUUAUGGAUGAAGAAAAAGUGAAAGGUUUCGCCGAUGUUUUGGUUGCUAAAGAUCUGACUGAGGGUAUUUGUAACUUGAUCCAGACUGCUGGUCUUGGUGGAUUAAAACACAAUACCGUAAUUUUAGGUUGGCCAUAUGGAUGGAGACAGAGUGCAGAUGAAAAGCAGUGGAGAGUGUUUUUGCAUACCAUACGUAGUGUCCAAGCCAGUAAAAAUGCACUUCUUGUACCAAAAGGAAUCAAUCUUUUCCCAAGUAAUAAUGAAAAGGUGUCUGGAAGCAUUGAUGUUUGGUGGAUAGUCCAUGAUGGUGGCUUAUUGAUGCUUCUGCCUUUCUUACUGAAACAACAUAAAACAUGGAAAAACUGCAAAUUGAGAAUAUUUACAGUGGCCCAACUGGAAGAUAAUAGUAUACAGAUGAAGAAAGAUCUUGCCAAGUUUUUAUACCACUUAAGGAUAGAAGCUGAUGUUGAAGUUGUUGAAAUGAUGGAUAGUGACAUAUCUGCAUAUACAUAUGAAAGAACACUUUUAAUGGAGCAAAGAACCGAGAUCCUGAAACAGUUGAAGUUAUCUUGCCAUGGUUCUUCUUUUACUGAUGUUCAGAAUAUUGUUGAUCAUCACCACCAUCAAGCCAGUCGAGUUGGAUCAAGGGUUCGGUUUAAUGAAGUUACAGAGGAGAUUAAGGACAUUGAACUAAUCGAUGUUGCUGAUGACAGUAAUCAAGAAAAUCCUCCCAAUUUGGAUGAUAGUAAUGCUAGUGGUGAAGGAAAUCAGAAUGAAAGCUUUGACAAGCUUUUGACUAUCAAACCAGAUGAAGCAAAUGUACGUAGAAUGCAUACUGCUGUCAAAUUGAAUGAAGUGAUUGUUGCACGAUCCCACAAUGCCCAGUUAGUCAUUUUAAAUCUUCCAGGCUUGCCAAAAGCAUCUUCAAUCAAAGCUAAUUAUAUGGAAUUCCUGGAAGUUUUAACAGAAGGCUUGGAACGAGUACUGAUGGUCAGAGGAGGAGGAAGAGAAGUGAUAACAAUCUAUUCUUAACCUGAGUGUAGCAGAAUUAUAUUGCUUGGCUUCUUAGUUGCAUUUUUCUUUCAAAUCUGUGAUUCUGUGCCUGAUCUUUAAUGAUCUCCACCUUUUUAUGAAACCACCUAAUAUCUUCUAAAAGUAUUAAUCUGAUGUUUAAAAAUUUUUACUAGUGAAAUCUAUUUUUUACAUACCAUUUGUUAUUUGUUUAUAUAGUUAGCAUUUAGAGAGCACUUUUUUUGUUACUAGUUAUUUAUAAUUGCUAAUCAUAAUAUUUAUUACACAUAUUUCUAAAAAAAUCACUUGCCAGAUACUUUGUACUUAUUAUUUUACUAAGUUUUGCAUUUUUUCUGCAUUUUUUUCUUAUGCACUGA